UUUCAAUAUUGUAAUACGGAGUAUUGUAUGGCCGUAUGAAGAAACGAAAGCGCGCGCAUAUUUCGGUUAGGGAUUCCGCGAGCCUUUGGCCGAUUAGCCGAUAAGUUUCGGGGCAAGCUUUCAAUUCGAUCUCUUCGUACACGGCUGUGGUUGGAUUGAAUCCGGAGUACUCUAGUAGGGAAAUUGCUCUGCAAAUUGCAUGCGAGGCCGCCGAAGACGAAAGCUUGUUCGGUGAGUGUUCGGGCCAUAUCCCGGUGCCGGCGGCCCGGCUCUUCCAAGUCGCUCCUUGGUUCGAUAUUCUGAACACCCGGUUCACGCAUCAUUUGGUAAUUGAAUUGAAGAUUAUUGUUUUUAUCAUUAGUAAGGAAAUUUAGGUUUGCGUCAUUUUAGGCUUUGGGCGCUAAAUGAUAGGGAAUUUCUUCCUUUCAAAGCAGUAAUGUCUGGUAGUUGAUAAUGGAGGCAAAUGAGCUCCGACUGGAAGAUGAAUUUUUCAAUUGAUUGGCAUAUCGAUUUGAUUAUGGUAAAUAAGUGAAACCUACCUAAUAAUUAGGGGACCUGCGAGUAAAAAAAAUCCACCACCAACUCCAAAUUAUAUUUCGACUGCAAUUGAUGUUACCAAACUCUUAUCCUUUGGAAACAAUUAGAAAACCGUAUUGUUAAGUAUGAAAUAGGUUAAUUCAUCUUUAAUGGAGAUUCCACUGCAGAAUCAACCAUGGAUAGUUGUACAGAUACAUCAUCAAACAGGAUUCCACCAGCCGUGUUUGCUCCUGAUACGCCUCCAAGAUGCUCAGACUGGAGUUCAGCUUCCAAUGAAUCAUUAUUCAGUAUCCAAAUGGGAGGGAGCUUCACCAGGGAUCAUUUCUUUGGCUACUCUGGGGAAAUAACGAGUGAUCUCCCUCCUCGUAUCCAUGCUGCAACCAAUGAAAUGGCAACUGAUCCCCCGCUUCCUAUCCAGGCUGCGACCAAUGAAAUGACAACUGAUCCCCCUCUUCAAAUCCAGGCUGCAACCAAUGAAAUGACUACUGAUGGAAACAAUCACGAGGUAGGACAAAAACUGCAAACAACUACUGAUGUCUGGAAAGAGGUCAUACAGGAGGAAGAGGAACACAAUCAUCCCAAAAAGUCAAAUGAGGAGACACACAUUUCUCAUUACUCUGUGGAGAGUAUCACCAGUGACAGAUCAUUUGCAUUCCCAAUAUUGACAGGGCAGACCGAUAAAGAAGGCGCUGAUAGCAUUGGCAAUGGUCGGGUGCGAAUGAGCCAAGAACAGCGGCAACAGCCAAUGUCAGAGCCACUACCACAGAAGGAAGAAUCAUUAAAACCAUCUGAGCCAACUAACAGUCAAGGAGAGCCAUUGCCAGACCAAACUACUUGGUUUUCUUGCUUCUCUAAUUUCUCUUGUUGGCCUUGUACAUUUUCUUCUUGGAAGGGGAGUUUUUGCCUCAGCUAAUUUUUUACUAGUUUCAAAUGUUAAAGUAAAAACUCAAUUUUGCGAAGGUUUUGCAUUACAUUAGAAGGAAGGUUUAGACAGAGCCGUAGCUGGAGAUUUUGAUACCGAGAGCAAAGUUUAUACUUGUGUCUCUAGUCAUAAUUGUCACUUUAUUGACCUGAGAGUUCAAAAACAUCUCAACAAAGAAAUAACUAUAGAAAAAACUUACAUACGAGGUAAAAACUGGAAAGAAGUCUUUACCAUGUAGUUAUAGAAUAACAAUGAUCACAUUAAUACUCCUGACGUUCAUUUUUUACUUGUCAUAUUUUCCUCUUUCAUUACCCUUCAUUUAUUCAAAAAAGAAAUUAUUGGCACUUGAUGCUCCACGCCCCCCAGUCUCAUUGUACAUUUAGAAAAUUGUACUUCAUACUCAUAUUGUGCCUAUAGUUUGGCGCUAAUGUGGUAGGAUAUACAUUUCAUUUGCUUUGAAUCACAUAUUCUGUUAUGAACACCUAUGAAUAUGAUUCUGUUAUGAACA